CCGGUUGCCUUGCGCGUGCGCGUAGUGCUGAGGGGCGAUGGCCGGGGGUCGGCGCUCGGGGGUGGCGCUGCUGCUGGACGGGCCCCCCGGCGCCCCCGCCCCUCAUUGCCCGCACGGGCCUGCUCUUCUGUUUGCAAAGAUUCGUCAAGGGAAGGAAGAAGGGAGAAGAUUUUAUGCUUGUUCUGCUUGCAGAGAAAGAAAAGACUGUGGCUUUUUUCAAUGGGAAGAUGAAAAGGUGUCUGAAGCUAGACUUUUAGCACAGGAGAAGUACAACCGAAGUCAGCAGCCCUUUUUCUCUCACGCACAAAAUGUGGAAAGGUACAAGGAGUUUGUCAUCUUGCCAUUAUUGGAAAGGAAAUUUUGUCAAGAAUGCCAACAGCUCCUCCUUCCACCUGAAUGGAGCCGACAUUCUGGCCAUCAGGUACUUAGCAAAGUCUCGUUUGCCCAGCUGAGAAGACCCAGCCAGCUCCUCAGUCCCCUGGAGAACAAGAAGACCAACGCGCAGUACCUGUUUGCUGAGCGAAGUUGCCAGUUCCUGCUGGACCUCAUUGUUGCACAUGGAUUCAAGAGAGUGCUUUGUGUCGGCACCCCAAGACUUCAUGAACUGAUCAAACUCCAAGCAUCACAGGAACAGGAGAAUCCCAUUAGAAGCCUUUUGCUAGAUAUUGAUUUCAGGUACUCUCAGUUUUGUACAGAGGAGGAAUUUUGCCACUACAACAUGUUUAACCAUUAUUUCUUCGGUGGAGAGGCUGCCCGUGAUGUAUGUCAGAAAUUCUUGCAGCAGCACAAAGACAAAAGGAUCGUCAUGGUGGCUGAUCCUCCAUUUGGAGGCUUAGUGGAAGCUCUGGCGUUUACUUUCAAACAGCUGGUUGCAAUGUGGAAACAAACAGGCUGUGCAGAUGCUGCCAGCAAAGAGUUACCCAUAUUUUGGAUAUUUCCAUAUUUUUUUGAAUCACGCAUUCUUGAAUUUUUCCCAAGUUUUAGGAUGCUGGAUUAUCAGGUGGACUAUGAUAACCAUGCCCUGUAUAAGCACGGGAAGACAGGCCGGAAACAGUCCCCUGUUCGUAUUUUUACUAAUCUUUCACCUCAUUUGAUAGUGCUUCCUGUGGAAGAAGGAUACCGGUUUUGCUGCAUCUGUCAGCGAUAUGUGAGUUCAGAGAACCAGCACUGUGAAAUCUGCAAUUCAUGCACAUCCAAAGAUGGGAGGCGGUGGAGGCACUGUCUUCUUUGCAAAAUGUGUGUAAAACCUUCUUGGGUUCACUGUUGCAUUUGUGAUCGCUGUGCACUUCCAAGUCACCCUUGUAAGAACGCCGAUGCCAGAUGUUUCAUUUGUGGAGCAGCAGACCACAAGCGCACUGCCUGCCCUGAUCUGCACACAGCUACAAGAGUUUGCCGAGGUGGACAGAAGCUAAAGCAAAAGAAAAAAAUAGUCAAAGCAAGUGUUGUGAAAAAUAGCAAGAAAGCUAAGACUGCAAAACGAAGAAAGAAGAAAGGAAAAAAGGCUUCUUGGUUAAAAUAAUUUUUUUGGAACUCUUCAUCAUAUUUACCCAAGGUCUCCAAAUACACAUCCAAACUCUACCUGAGUUGAUCCUGCAUUUUGCAUCACUAAAUGAGAAUGUCACCAAAUUUAGGAUCAGUAAAACGGAUCAGCUGGACAUCUUUUUUGAAGGGCUGAAGCAUUGAUCGAUAUUCCUCUAUUCACCAUAGGACAGAUUUGCUGUUAAGAAUGCAGAACCAUUUAAUUGAAUAGUACUUUAUAAAUGUAAAAUGGCUUUUUA